CCCCGAGAUGUCUCACCCUCACUCACUGCUCCCUCUGCACAAACCUUUGGGCAGCUCCAAGAGGCAGCUUGCUGACAGGGCAGGGGCUCUCCCGCCAUGGUUCCCUGCUGUUUCUUUGUGGCCAUGCUGGCCCCUCUGGUUUUAGCCCUGGAACAGUCUCCAGACAUGGUGAUCAAAGAAGGCCAGUCCGUGAAUCUGGAAUGCUCCCAGAAGAAAUCCUCCAGCUCAGUCAUGUACUGGUACCUGCUGCCUUCAGAGAAGAAUUCCAGUCUGACCCAGUUGGUUUAUGCAGUUGAAGGUGCCAAUGCAGUGGUGGAGAAGGGUUUUGAGAGCCAUUUCAAGAGCAGCAAGAUAAAAGGAGACAGUAUCAUCCUCUCAAUAGAACAUGCCUUUCUCAAUGACUCUGGCACAUACUACUGUGCUGAGAGUGAUCACAGUGGGCUUUCCUGUUUCAUCUUCCCCAACAAGAUGGGCCUUGACAGGUUGGAGGGAAAGGCAGAGAGGAACAUCCUGAAAAUCAUCACAGGCAAAUGCAGGAUUGUACCUGAGUGGAAAAAUAACCCUGUGCACCAGGACAGGCUGGGGGCAGACCUGAUGCUGAGCAGCUCUUCAGAGAAGGACCUGGGGGUCCUGGUGGACAAGAAGCUCCCCAUGAGCCAGCAAUGUGUCCUGGUGGCCAAGAAGCCAGAGGUGUCCUGGGAUGAGCGUUAG